UAUCGAAGAAGAAGAAGAAGAAGAAGAAGAAGAAGAAGAGUGGAUCCUCUCGCUUCGUCUCUUCCUCUAUGCUGGUAGCUACUGUACUUCUUUGGUAGUCGCUAACUAGCGGUUCUUAGCGUCAACGUUAGCAAGCUUCAUCGAAGGUCCAAGAAGUCUUCAUUCCAGGUCACAGUAAUUAGUGCUGCUAGCUACAUAAACACAACUGACUGGAAUCCACACGAGCUCCGUUGUACAAUGUCUUUGGCUCGGAUGUUUUGCCGUUUAAAUGGCUAUUUGCAACCCAUAUCGAAAGCACGGGCUCCUUUGGUCUCUGGAUUCAUACGAACCCAGAUUGAAGUGAGACAUUGGCUGCAUACUGUUCCACAAUCGACGAGUUGUCACUGGCAGCUUCAGGAAGACAGCCUUGCUCCUUCAGUCUCCUGAUGGCCGACUUCACUGUGACUGCAGAUGUCGUGUUGUAUGUCCAGGCGCCUACAGCAACAGUCUUCAUGCAGGACCCACAGUGCCAGAUACCAUACUUUUCUUGUUCUUAAUAUACCCUCCUAUAGGCUUUGACAUAAUGUAUCAUUAUUGUUUGUUUGUGUAUAUAUAUUUUACAUAUUAAAUCCUAGUCUGGAACUGGCACUUCACACUUGAAUUGGCCAGUUUUUACAUUAUAGGCUAAUAUGUACUUGUAAAUCUGACAUUUUGAUUUGGCAGAGCUCAGCUAUGGAGGGCUUGUGAUGCACUUUGCCUAUGUGUGGCUACGGGAUCAUUGCCACUCUGCCUCCUGCUUCAACAGCAAGACCAACCAGAGGAACCUGGAUACAGCAAAUGUGGAGCUAAACAUACGUCCUGCCAACACCAGAGUGGAUGAUGAGAAUAUCUUCCUCACAUGGCCUGAUGGUCAUGUGACAAGGUACAACCUGAGCUGGCUUGCUCAGAACAGCUAUGAGGGACAGAAGCAGAGUGCCAUGCAGCCACACAUCAUCUGGAACUCUGACAUCUAUACCAGUGCCAAGGUGCCCUCUGCUAACUGGGACAAGUUUAUGAGCUGUGAUGAUGAACUGAAAAAGUUCCUUGGGCGCUUUCUGCUGUACGGCAUUGCUUUUGUGGAGGGCGUCCCGCCGACUGUUGAGGCCACAGAGACUCUUACCCAGAGGGUCAGCCUCAUCAGGGAGACUAUGUAUGGCAAGAUGUGGAACUUCACAUCCGAUUUCUCCCGAGGAGACACUGCCUACACCAAACUGGCACUGGACCGUCAUACAGACACCACAUACUUCCAGGAGCCAUGUGGGAUCCAAGUGUUCCAUUGCCUUAGGCAUGAGGGAACAGGAGGAAGAACACUACUUGUAGAUGGAUUCUAUUCUGCUGACAAAGUGCUCCAGAAGACGCCUGAGAACUUUGAGCUGCUAGCACAGGUUCCUAUCAAGCACGAGUACAUUGAAAAUGUCAGCGACCACCAUAACCACAUGAUCGGCAUUGGCCCUGUGCUCAACGUGUAUCCCUGGAACAAUGAGGUGUACAUGAUCCGAUACAAUAACUACGACCGUGCAGUCAUAAACACAAUCCCCCAUGACAUUGUCAAGCGAUGGUAUGUGGCUCACAGAGAGUUGACCACAGAGCUGAGGAAGCCGGAGAAUGAAUUGUGGAUCAAACUGAAGCCUGGAAAGGUUGUCUUCAUUGAUAACUGGCGUGUCCUGCAUGGCCGGGAGUCCUUCACAGGCCUGCGGCAACUGUGUGGCUGCUACCUGACCAGAGACGACUUCCUGAACACUGCCCGCUCCUUGGGUCUGCACGCCUAAGUGAAGAGUCACCCUGAGUCUUCAACCUUUCCAGCCAACACCAAAGUCCUUUAGAAAUAAAGCACCAUCACCCAAUCAGUCAUACAUGUUUAAGGAGAUCGAAAAGUCUUGUAGAAUCUAAUUGUUUUUGUAUGAGCAUUUACUGAGUGAAAUCAAGUAUUUCCACUGCAUGAAUGCAGUUAUAUAUUGUUAAUGCGGAACUAAAUUGUACUGUACUUUAGAAAUAUUCUCCACCCAGAAAUAUUUUACAUGAUAUUGUUAGACUUGUUGAAGUCAAGAAAAUGGACUGAUCUGUUUGGGAUUUAAGAUUUGUUGACAUGCAUUAUGCUCUUGUCACAACAAUCAUCUUUUGAACUGGAACUUAACAUAUUGAGGUGUUUAACUACAUUUUUGGCUUUGUUUUAGGGAUUAGUUUCUAGUAUUUCUGAAGUACUUUUGCUAGUCAUUUGUUUAUGAAUGUAUUAGGAAAUGUUGCCUUGUUUACUUAAUGAAAUAAAUUGGGUGAUUUUUCAGCACCUUUUUUCCUGAUUUA